AUGGGUUGGUGCAUAAUUGAUGAUUUCGAUGAGCCGAUUUCUCAAGAUGAAAAAUGGGGAAUGAGAGGAGAGAGUCAGAUGGAGGAGUUCAGAAAUGUCUUAUCUCUUGGUAGGUUGAGUGAUCUUGGAUGGAGGGGUACCAAGUAUAAUUGGAGCAAUGGCCACUCAAAUGGGUCUUUUGUAAAAAAAAGGCUUGAUCAUGCUGUUGCUAACCAAGUAUGGAGAAUGGGUUAUAACAAGGUGGAGGUAGAAACAGUGGUAGCUUGGAGCUCCAACCACCUUCCUGUUUUGCUCUCUUGUUAUGAUGACAGCUCCUUGGAGGGAAGAUUUGAGAGACCCUUUCUUUAUGAAUUGAGCUGGGAUCAGGAAAAGGAGUGUGGAGACACUGUGAAAGAGGUGUGGAAGAGGAAUGAGGGAAUGAGAGGUAGUCUCUUAAGUGUUCAGAGGAGUCUAAAGUCAUGCAACCAGGCUCUCUGA